GCCGGGCGCUUUAUGUAAGGGCAGAGGCGGAGCCGGCCCGGCUGCGGGGGUGGCGGCAGCAGCAGCGCCAUGUCCUGGUACCGCAACACCGUGUGGUUCGUGAAGGGGCUGCGGGAGUACACGAGGGGUGGUUACGAGUCCGCUUCCAAGCGCUUCAACCCAGCUGAUGUGGAGGUGGAUGUGGCUGGAAGAGCCUUCCUGGUCACUGGUGCAAACAGUGGCAUUGGCAAGGCCACAGCUAAGGAGAUAGCGAGGAGAGGUGGCACAGUUCAUCUAGUUUGCCGAAAUAAGGAACGCGCUGAAGUUGCCAAAGAGGAACUAGUGACAGAAACGGGCAAUCAGAACAUCUUCUUGCAUAUUGUGGAUAUAUCUAAUCCCAAAGAAAUAUGGAAGUUUGCUGAAAAAUUCCAAAAUGAACAUAAGCUAAAUGUGUUGAUCAACAAUGCGGGAUGUAUGGUGAAUAACAGAGAGUUAACUGAAGAUGGACUUGAAAAAAACUUUGCAACAAACACUUUGGGUACAUACAUCAUGACAACUGCCCUGUUGCCCCUCCUGGAAAAAGCAGCUGAUGCCAGAGUGAUCACUGUCUCUUCUGGGGGCAUGCUUGUUCAAAAAUUAAACGUAUCCGACUUGCAGUCGGAAAGUGGGCCAUUUGAUGGAACCAUGGUGUAUGCACAGAACAAGAGACAGCAAGUUGUCCUGACAGAGCAAUGGGCAAAGGCUCACAGAAAUAUCCAUUUCUCCGUGAUGCACCCCGGCUGGGCAGACACUCCAGCUGUGAGGUCGUCCAUGCCUGAUUUCUAUGAGAGGAUGAAGAACUCGCUGCGCACCGAGGCCCAGGGAGCCGACACCGUCCUGUGGUUGGCAGUGUCUGCUGAAGCAACAAAGCUGCCCAGUGGCUUGUUCUUCCAAGACAGGCAACCAGUCCCUACACACUUACCCCUAGCAUACACCCACAGUCCACCGGAGGAUGAAGAGAAGCUAAUGGAGAUGCUGGAAGAAUUCUCCCAGAAGUUUAAAUCUGUUUCUCCAGGAAUUUAGUGUCUCUGCUGACACAGUGUCACCACAAAUCUUCUAAUUACACAGUAAUGUGCUGUUGAGGGGAAGUAGGAUGCCAUAGGCCUGUUAAAAAUGAAUUAGGUUCAGGUGUUCUCAUAAUGAGGUAGUAGAGUGGCACCUGUGUAAUUUUUCUCUUUUCUUGCUGCCAAGUCUCUCCCAUUGUGAAUAUGCAGCUGCUGCCUCAAGACACACUAAGGUUGUGUUCUUUGGAUUGGAAGAAAAAUUGAGAGGCAUUAAAAUAAGCCCUGAGACUUUGUAAAGUUACCUAGAAUAAUUUAAAACACUCAGCACAGAGAAAUGCAGAGGAGUGUACUUUCAGUAGCCUUCGUGAAGGACUUCAGGAAAGACGUGGGAAUGUUUUAAGCAGCUUUAAACUGCUGUAUUUGACAGGUUGGUGGCUUCCUUCACUGCAUGAGGGUGAUUGGGCUCAAGCAUGUAACUGGGAAUGCAGAAACUCUCUUGCAGAGCCUGCUUAGUUUAAAGGGAAGGAUUCCUCACGGACUUUAGUUUCUAUAAAUUAGUGCUGGUAUGCAGAAGUUAUCCGCUUCCUCAUGUUUAAACAGCAAGAAUUUAGGAACACUGCCAAAUGCCUUCCACAUUACUUGAUGGAGCCAGGGCUAAAUAUUAUCCCAUUUAUGUCAAAAUACCAUGAAAUAGGAGGUUUCAACACAACACACCCAGACAUGGGUGGAUCUAGCAGAGAAGUGGCUGCAUGACUGUAGGCACAAAAAGAAACAUGCUAAGAUGUACCUGCUUGCCAUUUCUCUGAGAGAUUAAAGGCAAUUGUUUUAUUAUUGUGAAUAGAUUAAGAGGGGAAGGGAGAACUGGCAUGGCACAGGUCUUAGAGGAGAGUCCACCUCCUGAUGAGAAGCUUGUAUUUUGUCUGGAUGUGUUUGCUUCCAGACACAGAGGACAGGAUUCAUCCUAUCUGAUCUGUGGCCAUUUGAAUUACUCAUUGAGUUUCUCACCGUAAAUCGGUAGAGGGAAAAAUGGGCUUUUUCACAGGGAUUUACUGGAUCUAGUUUAAGAAACACCACCUACAGUGCUGCAUCUUUCUAAAAGUGCUGAAGACAAUCAGCUCACACUUAGACUUUCUGGUGGGACUCAUUUUGUCUUAAUUAUUUCAGCUUUACUGCAAAGCCAGGACUAUUAUUAACAAAGGUAACACCUUUUCUCCUGAACUGAGUGUGUGUAUUAACCAGCUGCCUCCAGAACCCAGCCAAGGUGCUGCACUGUUUCACAUGUGGCUCACACCAGUGUGAUAGGACCAAGGACCUGAACACAAAUGUAACACAGAUGUUCUUGAGCUCUCUGCAGUGACUGACAGCUAAAGACUGGUGAUGGACAGAGGGGAGCUCCUUCUGUCUGGUUUAUGUAAUUAAGUUGCCUCCUAUUUCCUUGUUAUACAAAGAUCUACUAUUAAGUAUCAGUUUAAGAAAAA